AUGGUGAUCACCAUUUUGGACGGUGGGGAACUCACGAUCCAGACGAUCGGGGCUUUCCUCGCCCGGGUCCUAGCAGUGUUCUUUGCCACGCGCACCUGCCACUGGGCAUUUGUGAGCGCCAUCCACAUCUGGUGGAUUUCCCCACGCAACAGGAAUGAGUACAUCAAGGACUUUGCAGCGGAGGCCGCGAAGGGCAACGUGGACAUGACCCUGAUGUUGAAGUAUCAUCCAGAGACGAUGUCCGAGACCUUCGGAGAUACCUCCACCACAGAGCACCAAAUAGUCGAGGCUUCCGUGCGGCCGGCUGCGCACCUGCUUCUUCUGGGCAAUGUGCUGAUGCACAUCAAGGGAGGGGACAUCUUCUCCUGUGCCUUGCACGCCCUUCGGGGUGCGAUCGCGCCGUUUGGUCUGAUGAUGGUCAUGAACACUCCCGUUAUCUCGGGGGCAGGUGGCUCGAAUUCUCGGCUCCGCCGGGGUCUUCCCAUCUCCGACCUCGACAUUCUCUACGUCUUUCAGUGGGUGCUGCUCCAUUUCGUGGGCUUCUUCUGCUUCCUGGGGCCCACGACCCUUAUCGAGCUGCCUGUAGCCGUUCUGGAGGUCUUCAACCCACCACGACUGGCGGAAGGUGAGGAAUGGCACUGGGCUGCGGAGCUGCUGUGGUACUUCCUAGCCUGCCUUCGGGUGGUCUGCCCCAUUUUGAUGCUCCGCGCCUGUCCCAUCCUCUUCGCGCCUGCCCAGGCGAAGAAUCCGAACACAUUUACAAUGAAGAAGUGGUAUGCCGAGUUCUGCGUUGGAGAACUGGGCUCUGCCGUGAUGUACUUCAAUGCAGUUUCAGUGUUCGUUCUUCCCGGUCGCUCAUACGGUGUCAUGGAUGCAGUGCUGAUCCUGGUCAUGCUGGCGGAGUCAUUGCGGAUACUUUGCGUUUGGGGCAUCUGGUCACUAUGGCUGCUCCGCGCCUGGGACACGAUUGACUUCCACUACGAGUGCAUGACGAGGUCGACGAUGAGCCAUGGUCCUGUCAUGACAGGGCUCAGGAAGUUAACGAACCGGCAGCUGGUCUUCUUGCAUGCAGUUCAAGCUGGGCACUAUGACCCGACAGAAUGGUGCGUCACCAGCUCUCCAGUGCCCAUUUGGCUGGUGAAUGGAGCUCUCGGAGUGGCGCAGGGGCCGGUCCGCCUAUUCGUUUUUCGGCCAGAGCUCUACGAAAACUUCCACGCGUUUGACUUCGUGGAUGUGCAGGUGGAAGACCUGGACUUGUUCCGGGAGGACAUGUUGGCCGUGAUCGAUGCCCUGCCCACGGCUUCAACUUUGUUCUUCCCUUUCGGUGACCAGUACAAGAAGAAGGUGCGAAGGCCAUUCCUUUGCCUGUCCUGCGAGGACUUCGAUGCGGAGGUGGCGCGGAUAGCUGGCCCCAAGCAGAAGGCCAACACAGACGUGCCGGAGGCCAGCGACACCGAAGAGGUCGCGUACGACAUCACGGAGAAGGUCCUGCAAAUGGCCGGCUGCCCAAGGCAAUUCCAGAUGCAGAGCUUCUGCCGGGCUCUUUCCGAGGAGGGCGGUGCCAUCAUUCUGAGAUUGUUUGGGCAGCUGGUGAACGAGCAGGGGUACGAGGAGGCGGAGAGACCAGACUUGGGCCCGCACUACGAGGUACAGGUGCGUGGCCUGCGGUCUCGAUCGACCUUUGUCCUCCGCACGCAGAAGUCGCAGAAGCUUCCGCCAGGUUGGGCAGAUCUUCCACAAGUCAGCCUUCUGCCUCCAGAGCUCUCAGGUCCUUCGAGUUCUGAUACAAAAAAGGCACAGUAG